UAACGUUGUGCGUGAAUGCACAAAGCGUGCGCGCGCGUGAUGGAGGAGCAUCAGCGGCUGCUGCGCGCUCACGCACACGCACAUGCACACGCCGAGGCUGAGGCGCGGGUCGGCAUGGACGGAAGUGGAGAGAUGCGAGAGAUGGGCGAGAUGGGAGACAUUUUGCAUGAAAUCAUGACCAUCACGGACCAAAGUCUGGACGAAGCUCAGGCCAGGAAACACGCUCUGAGCUGUGACCGCAUGAAGCCGGCGCUCUUCAGCGUGCUGUGUGAGAUCAAAGAAAAAACAGUGCUGAGUAUCCGUGGCCCUCAGGAGGAGGACCCCCCCGACGCCCAGCUCAUGAGGCUGGACAACAUGCUGCUGGCCGAGGGCGUGUCCGGGCCGGACAAGGGCGGAGUCUCGGUGGCGGCGGCGGUGGGGGGCGGAGUCGUCGCCGACAACUCCGUGGAGCACUCGGACUACCGAGCCAAGCUAACUCAGAUCCGACAGAUCUACCACACCGAGCUGGAGAAGUACGAACAGGCGUGCAGCGAGUUCACCAGCCACGUGAUGAACCUGCUGAGGGAGCAGUCGCGCAGCAGGCCCAUCUCGGCCAAGGAGAUGGAGCGCAUGGUGAGCAUCAUCCAUCGCAAGUUCAACUCCAUCCAGAUGCAACUGAAGCAGAGCACGUGUGAAGCUGUCAUGAUCCUGCGCUCGCGCUUCCUGGACGCCAGGACCACCAAGGAAGGACAUUGUGAUGCAGACGCAAAAGACGAAACUUCAACAAGCAGGCGACGGAGAUCCUCAACGAGUACUUCUACUCGCACCUCAGUAAUCCCUACCCCAGCGAGGAGGCCAAGGAGGAGCUGGCCAAAAAGUGCGCCAUCACCAUGGCACAGGUGUCCAACUGGUUUGGCAACAAAAGAAUCCGCUACAAGAAGAACAUUGGGAAGUUCCAGGAAGAAGCCAACGUGUACGCCGCCAGAACCGCCGUCAGCGCCACAAACGCGUCGUCAUCGUCGUCGCACAGAAGCCCAGCAGGUUCUCCAGCCACGCCCAACUCUGCAGGUUCCGCUGCCUCGUUUAGCGCCUCCAACUCGCUUGAGCUGUUCACCAGCGUCCAGCCCCUCAAUGGCGAGGAGUACCAGGCGGCUCAGGUGGACAGUCUGCGUCAUGUCCUCAGUCAAAGAGGCGUGUACAGCGAGGGCCUGUCAGCCAAUCACAUGUACAGUCCUCAAGGCCUCAACACAAACGGCGGCUGGCAGGACACGCCCACCCCGUCCACAGAAGGACCCGGAAGCGUCCACUCAGACACGUCCAACUGAUGUCCAAUUGGGACCAUUUGUACUCUUUCACUUCCGCGGCGCCACUUUGACACAAUUCACUUCCUGUCCUGUCUUUUUCAACUUCCUGUCUAGUUGGCUCUUUGUUCUUUCUUUACACACUGGACACUUUGACACCUUCAAAAUGUGACCUUUUUUGGUUUGUUUUUUUACAAGAAUGAAUGUUUGACACUUGUGGGCGGAGUCACUGUGACGUCAUCGCCGCCGUCUCCUGCUUCAAAGAGGAGCUAAAGAAAACAAUCCCAAUAAAAACUCUUUUUAGCGUCCGUGGUAUCAGACGCAAUGUUGGAUUUCUUACUUAUUGCAUGUCUUUUUAACAAGAGGAGAAGAAAACAUUCUUCUCUCAGAGAAGUUUUUUACAAGUCAUAAAUAAACAGGAAGUUUGCAACGUGUGAUGAUGACAUCGUUCUAAAACAA